AUGCUGCUUUGGAUUCUGUUGCUGGAGACGUCUCUUUGUUUUGCCGCUGGAAACGUUACAGGGGACGUUUGCAAAGAGAAGAUCUGUUCCUGCAAUGAGAUAGAAGGGGACCUACACGUAGACUGUGAAAAAAAGGGCUUUACGAGUCUUCAGCGUUUCACCGCCCCGACUUCCCAGUUUUACCAUCUAUUUCUGCAUGGCAAUUCCCUCACUCGACUUUUCCCUAAUGAGUUCGCUAACUUUUACAAUGCAGUUAGUUUGCACAUGGAAAAUAAUGGCUUGCAUGAAAUCGUUCCUGGGGCUUUUCUGGGGCUGCAGCUGGUGAAAAGGUUGCACAUCAAUAACAACAAGAUCAAAUCUUUUCGAAAGCAGACUUUCCUGGGGCUGGACGAUCUGGAAUACCUCCAGGCUGAUUUUAAUUUAUUACGGGAUAUAGACCCGGGGGCCUUCCAGGACUUGAACAAGCUGGAGGUACUCAUUUUAAACGACAAUCUCAUCAGCACCCUACCUGCCAAUGUGUUCCAAUAUGUGCCCAUCACUCACCUCGACCUCCGGGGAAACAGGCUGAAAACGCUGCCCUACGAGGAGGUCUUGGAGCAAAUCCCUGGCAUUGCCGAGAUCCUGCUAGAGGAUAACCCAUGGGACUGCACUUGUGAUCUGCUAUCCCUGAAAGAAUGGCUCGAAAACAUUCCCAAAAACGCCCUGAUCGGCCGAGUAGUCUGCGAAGCCCCCACCAGACUGCAGGGCAAAGACCUCAAUGAAACCACUGAACAGGACUUGUGUCCUUUGAAAAACAGAGUGGAUUCUAGUCUGCCGGCUCCCCCUGCCCAAGAAGAGACCUUCGCUCCUGGCCCCCUGCCAACUCCUUUCAAGACAAAUGGGCAAGAAGAUCAUGCCACCCCAGGGUCGGCUCCAAACGGAGGUACAAAGAUCCCAGGCAACUGGCAGAUCAAAAUCAGACCCACGGCAGCGAUAGCUACCGGCAGCGCCAGAAACAAACCCCCAGCCAACGGCUUGCCCUGCCCUGGGGGCUGCAGCUGCGACCACAUCCCAGGGUCGGGUUUAAAGAUGAACUGCAACAACCGGAACGUGAGCAGCUUGGCUGAUUUGAAGCCCAAGCUUUCCAACGUGCAGGAGCUUUUCCUGCGAGAUAACAAGAUCCACAGCAUCCGAAAAUCGCACUUUGUGGAUUACAAGAAUCUCAUUCUGUUGGAUCUGGGCAACAAUAACAUCGCCACCGUAGAGAACAACACUUUUAAGAAUCUUUUGGACCUCAGGUGGUUGUAUAUGGAUAGUAACUACCUUGACACGCUGUCCCGGGAGAAAUUCGCCGGGCUGCAAAACCUUGAGUACCUGAACGUGGAGUACAACGCCAUCCAGCUCAUCCUUCCUGGCACCUUCAAUGCCAUGCCCAAACUGAGGAUCCUCAUUCUCAACAACAACUUGCUGAGGUCCCUGCCCGUGGACGUGUUUGCUGGGGUCUCGCUCUCUAAACUCAGCCUGCACAACAAUUACUUCAUGUACCUUCCGGUGGCAGGGGUGCUGGACCAGUUAACCGCCAUCAUCCAGAUAGACCUGCACGGAAACCCUUGGGAGUGUUCCUGCACCAUUGUCCCUUUCAAGCAAUGGGCAGAACGCCUGGGUUCCGAAGUGCUGAUGAGCGACCUCAAGUGCGAGACGCCAGUGAACUUCUUUAGGAAGGAUUUCAUGCUCCUCUCCAAUGACGAGAUCUGCCCCCAGCUGUACGCGAGGAUCUCGCCCACGUUAACUUCGCACAGUAAAAACAGCACUGGGUUGGCGGAGACCGGGACACACUCCAACUCCUACUUAGACACCAGCAGGGUGUCCAUCUCCGUGUUGGUCCCGGGACUGCUGCUGGUGUUUGUCACCUCCGCCUUCACUGUGGUGGGCAUGCUCGUGUUUAUCCUGAGGAAUCGAAAGCGGUCUAAGAGAAGGGACGCCAACUCCUCGGCGUCCGAAAUUAAUUCCCUACAGACAGUCUGUGACUCUUCCUACUGGCACAAUGGGCCUUACAACGCAGAUGGGGCCCACAGGGUGUAUGACUGUGGCUCCCACUCGCUCUCAGACUAA